UCCUGAUGUCCUGCCAUGGAUGAUGACAGCCAGGAUGAACUCAUCAACAAGAAUGCUGCACUAGGCAAGGGCAAAAGGCAGAGUCUUGCACUCCUCAGUGAAACAGAAAGCAAUGGUGGAAAUAGCUGUGAUUCAGAAGAUGAGACUGGAAGUGAGGAGGAAGAAGGUGACACUGAGGAAGAAGGGGGUGAGGAGGACAAGGAAGAAAGUGAAGAUGAAGAAUUAGAAGAUUGUGAAGAUGAUGAGGAAGAGGAGGAGGAGGAAGAAACUGAGGCCUCUGGGGGGGACUUGAGCGCUCCUCUGAAAUUAGAGGCACGUGCAAACAGAGCAAGCAUCUCCUCUGAUGAGGAUGGGGAAAACUGCCCCAUUUGCCUCAACACCUUCAGGGAUCAGGCAGUGGGGACUCCUGAGAGCUGCUCCCAUUACUUCUGCUUGGACUGCAUCGUGGAGUGGUCUAAGAAUGCCAACUCCUGCCCAGUGGAUCGAAUCCUCUUUAAGAACAUUAACAUUCGGGCACAUUUUGGGGGCAAAAUCUUAAAAAAGAUCCCUGUGGAGAACACGAAAACUCAGGGUGAUGAUGGAGAGGAAGAUCCAACCUUCUGUGAGGUGUGUGGCAGGAGUGACCGGGAGGACCGCCUGCUGCUGUGUGAUGGCUGUGACGCAGGCUACCACAUGGAAUGCCUUAACCCACCUCUGAGUGAAGUCCCUGUAGAUGAGUGGUUCUGUCCAGCCUGUGCCCCCAUGGGUGGCAGUGCUGCUGCAGAUGCAGACCAGGUGAGCGAGGAGGAGGUCGCUGCCCUCGUGGCUGAGGUUGUUCCCACCAGCAGCAGGCUGCGGCCGCAGGCGCGCACGCGGGCGAUAGCCAGGACGCGGCAGAGCGAGAGAGUCCGGGCCAGGGUCAACAGGAACCGCAUCAGCACCGCCCAGCAGAUCCAGCAUGUGCCAAGGUACCUGAUGUCCUCCCUGCUGGAUGAAACCAUUGAGGCUGUUGUGGCAGGCCUCAACACAGCUGUCUACCAGAGGCCUCUCACACCAAGGGCUCCUGCUAGGCAGAAGAGGAAAACAGGUAGGAGGAAGAAAGGAGGGAAGAAAAGAACUCAGACCAAAUCUGCUGGGAAGAAGAGUUCAGGGACACAGGUGAAGAGACGAAAGCGUGUGGUGAAGAAGAGAAGGGGGAAGAAGACGAGAGUGAGAUCACGAGGCUGCAGUGAGGUGACGACUCGCUCCCGCAUCGCCAGGGCCCUGGGGCUGGCCAGGCCUGCACGUGGGGGCUCCCUCCCCUCCAUCUCCAGACCCACUGAGCCCUCCCUUGGCCUGAUGAGAGCAGACAUUGGUGCAGCUUCCCUCUCCGUGUUUGGAGAUCCCUAUGAGCUGGAUCCUUACGAAAGUACUGAAGAGGUUCCAGCAAGUGCAGACUCUCCAGUGAGUGCCAAAAGGAGAGUUCUCUCCCAGUCAGCACUCAGGUCCCACAGACCUGUGGCCAGACCUGUCUCUGUGGGACUCCCCAGGAGCAGUGUCCCAGCCUUGAGCCCUGAGCAAGAAGCAGAAGCUGCCCCUGUGCCUGAUCUGUUGGGGAGCAUCCUGUCAGGACAGAGCCUCCUCAUGAUGAGCAGCUCAGAUGUGGUCAUCAACAGAGAUGGUUCACUGACAGCCAAGAAGGCAGCUCCGCUUCACAGAAAAUCAGCCAACGCCUCACGGGCAGAUGAUGGCUCAGGGCACAGCACCCAGCCCUCUACACUGUACCCAGGGACCACAGCAAGCAGCUCCACUGCUGGACCUUCUGUUUCCUCAGGCCUGAGUGCUUGCACCAGGCCCUCCUCCUCUUCCUCCUCCUCUUCCUCCAGCUUGUUCUCAUCGCCUUCAGCCUCAGUGAGCAGGCUUGAGCCUGCAGCAAGCCCUGUGCAGAGCACGUCAGAGAGAGCGAGUGUGAAAUCAGAGUAUUCCAUGACACCCAGGUCUGUCCAGACUCAGAACAUAGCUCCUCUGAGCAGGCACGCCUCCAGGGCAGAUGAGAUGCCCAGGUUUAAUGGAAGCUCUAAAAACUCUGCCCCUGCCAGCUCUGCUUCAAAGCCCUUGAGCUGCAGCUCAACCACUGGCUCCGAAGCUGUGGCUGUGAGGCAGCCGCUGAAAGCCCCUCCCAAGAGAAUCGACAUCUUCGAGCUUCCCAGGAUACCAAAGAUUAAAAGGGAAAGCAGCAGCAAGCAGGGGGAACCAGAAUCUGCAGGAAGCCCCAGCUGUGACAUCCCCAGCUCCUGUGUCACCCAGCUGACGGGCAAGGAGAGCAGCCAGCAGGCAGGGAAGGGUGGCAGGGUGGAGAGCCAGAAGUCCAACAGCAGCGAGGCACAGCAGCCAGCCCGGCCCAGCGGGGUGGCCUUCUCCAGCAGUGCAGGGGGCUAUGGCAACUCCUCCUCCUCCAGGAGCAAAGGCCCAGGCUCUUUUGAGAGUUUUAAAAUCAACAUCCCUGGCAACACAGGGCAUCCCAGCAGGCUGCCUAACCCAGGCUUCUGCAACACCUUCCGCCCCGUGGACGAUAAAGAGCAGCAAAAAGAGGCUCCCUCGCCGCUCUUCUCCAUGAAGAAGAAGCAGGUCAAAAGUGAAAUCUAUGAUCCCUUUGAGCCCACAGGGUCGGACUCGAGCUCAGCAAGCAGCAGCCCUGAGAGGCUUGGCUCGGGGAUCCCACUGACCACCAUCACCAGGACUAUUUCCAUUGAGCACCCCAAAGUUCAGACCUUCCAAACUGUCCGGCGCUUCACCCCGUGCAAGGUGGAGAACGUCUUUGGGUCCGAGGCUGACUCUGAUGCCCCAUCUGGUACCAGCGAGGCUCAGGAGGCAGUGAAGGUCAAAAGUAGGCUUGUGGAGCAGAUCUCUGACACAGAGGAAGGAGAUAGCAGGGCUGAGGAAGACUCUCUAAGCAGUCCUUGCACUUCAGCUGCCGUUAAGCACGUUUCUGAUGCAGAGAGUUUAAAAGAGGAGAGCAGGGAGGGCCCUGAUGUGUUCUUUAAUGCUGAGGAAUUGAUUCAACCUGACCCGAGUCUGGAAGUAGAGCCAGAGAGUCCCUCCAAGAGCGAAGGGGAGCAGAAAGGCCACAAAGCAGAACCAACAGAGAAGCGCUCGCGGUCCAGAUCCUGCUCUAGCUCCCGAGGCAAGAAGAAGCUGAAAAGGAAGAAGGCAGCUGUGAAGGAGCGCAGGACGUCGCCAUCGGAGGCGAGGGAGAGAGCACACUCGAGGGACCGAAGCUCCAGAUCCACCUCUUGGUCGGGUGGAGAGGAGCACAGCAAAGCUCCCACAGCGAAAGCCAAGGGCAGGAGGUCUUCCACUGACCGCUCCAGCAGUCACGAACGAUCGAAGAAGAAGAAAGCCAAGGAUAAAACCAAGGAUAAGAAGGCAAAAUCUUCUUGGUCUAGGGAGAGAAGGAAAUCCAGGUCAAGGUCAGGAAGUGCUGGCAGCGCUUGUGAGCUCCAUGAGAACAGGAAGAAGAAGAGACGGUCCCAGUCAAGGUCCAGGCGGAGGGGACGCUCCCGCUCCAACAGCACCGAGAGGGCCAAGCGCCGCAAGCACCGGAGAGACAAAAGCCACGAGAGGCACGACAAAGAUGGCAGCCUGAGGGCAAGGGGCAGAAAGAGAUCCAGGUCCAGGUCUCGGGAGAGGAGAAAGUGGAGGUCUCGGUCUCGUUCUGCGUCACGGACUCGGGAGCACAAAAGCAGCAAGUCCAAGGACAAGAGGCCACGCUCCAGGUCACGCUCCAGGGAGAGGAAGCGCAGGUCAAAGGAGAGCUCCCUUCCUCCUGCACCAGAGAAGGAGCCAAAGCCUGCUGCUGACAGUGUGCCCAGGUGUCUGGAGCUGCCCCAUUACAUCAAGCAGGAGCCAAAGGAGGAUUUAGUACUGGAAGAGCUCUCCAUAACCAUCCAACCAAACGUCAAACUCGAGGAGAUGAGGGCUGAGCGCCCAGCUCCAGUGAGGGAGGUCCAGGAAACCGUGAAGGCAGAGUCCAUCUGUCAGGAUGUGACCUGUGAAGGUGCGUUCCCUGCCCCAGGCAUCACAAACAUUUGUGCUCCACUGGGCAGGGUGGAUCCUUUUGAUGAGGCAGAGCUGAUGAGCAGCAGAGAUCCAGCAGUGCUCAGUGGCAACACCAACCUGGAGAUCACGGUGAAGAUUGAGAACACGGCGCUGUGUCCCUCCCUGAUGGACCAGCCCCCAAAGAAGGAGGUCAUCUUGCACCUGCCAGCUGAGCCUGCACCCACUCAAAGCUCAUCCAAGAGCAAGCUCCCAGAUUGCGUGAGGGAGGUUAAAGAGGAGUGCCUUGUGUCGAACGAGAAGACACAUCACUUCAGGAAGCCUGAACUGGAGGUGGCAGCUCAGGGCCCUGCCUUGAAAUCCAAAGCACCAGUGAAAAGAGUGACCUGGAAUCUUCAGGAGGAAGAGAGCAGCACCUUGUCUGCUGGAAAAGCUCCAAGGAUGCCAUUUUACAAACUUCAGCGAGCAAAAGAAGUCGCCUGGAAACCAGAGGACUUGAACCAAACCUUAAAUCAGGUGCAGUUAAAUGAGCCUCCUCCAACCAAUUAUAUGAUUCCUGAGCCUAUGUUUCCUGAUGUAGAUUCCUCUCAGCUGUACUGCCAGGCGCUGCCCGCGGUGCCCUGCAGCCUGCCCUGCACAUCUCCCUGCCAGCCCUGCCUGCCCUGCGGCCCUGCCCGCAGCCUCACCCCCGAGCCGGGCACCGUUGCCACCGCCCCCGAGCCGGGCACGCAGCCUGCCGCCCAGGAGAGGAGCAGAGCACCCAGAGCUGUGCUGGAUAAAAGCAAGAACGAGGAGUACAUGAAGAAGCUCCACAUGCAGGAGAGGGCUGUGGAAGAAGUGAAGCUUGCAAUCAAACCUUUCUACCAGAAGAGGGAGAUCACCAAGGACGAGUACAAGAGCAUCCUGAGGAAAGCUGUGCAGAAGAUCUGCCACAGCAAAAGCGGAGAGAUCAACCCCAUGAAGGUGGCCAACCUGGUGAAGGCCUACGUGGAGAAGUACAAACACAUGAGGAAACACAAGAAAGCUGAUGGGGAAGACACCAGGGAGGUGGAAAACUGAGAGCAAGCCACGGCCCAGCACGGCUUGGACUGAAGCUGCAUCCUGCCUGCCAAGGCUGCGCCGCAGGCAGGAGGAGCAGGGAGGCUGCACCCAGCUGCUGAGAACAGGACCUACCUGCAGCACCUUCUUGUGAAGGGAUGACCUUGGGUUUGU